GAUCUUCCAUCAUACGUACCAAAAUUACACUUACCACAUCUCCGGACGAGCGUUUCGGGUCGGACAUAUGAAUCACAGACAGGAUUUAACGCCCCCAUAUGUGUUGAUGGAGUCCCGUUGUGUGAUUGGCCUAUUAUAGGUUACGAUACUUAAAUCCUACUCAGAAUUUUCCCCUGAUUGAUGAAAUCAGUCCACCCGUGUCAAUCAUGCUACAGCUACCUGACCUACGCGUUUCUGAUAACACCCAGCUCGUCCUCGGUGCUGCGGCUUGUCUUGGGGUAGUAGGAGUAGUUGCUCGGGCUUACCUUUCUAAAUCAGACAGUGGUCUUCCUUUUCCACCUUCCCCUCCUACCCAGGGACUUCUGGGGCACUCACUAUCCCGUCGCAAUCCAUUUCUCACUGUCGGGGAAUGGAUGGACGAGCAUGGUCCUGUGAUAACCAUUCGCUCUGUAACUAGGAAAGUUGUUAUUGUCGGCCGUUACAACGCCGCGGUGGAUAUCAUGGAGAAACAGGGCGGUUCGGUAGCUGAUCGUCCUCGCUUCGUGGCUGCUGGAGAAAUACUCAGCGGCGGGCUAUCUACCCUCCUCACACCCGCUGGGGACAGGUUGCGUCGGAUGCGCAGAGUACUUCAUGCGCAUCUCCAGCCUAAGGCAGCCGAGGAAUAUCAGCCUAUCCUGAUGUUACACGCAAGGAACACUAUCCUCGACAUUCUCGAGGAUCCAUACAACUUCCAGAACCACGCGUCAACUUUUGCUGCAGCGAUCACUAUGAAAGUUGCGUACGGGAAGACUACGCCCACGUCUGCGACUGAUCCCGAAGUCAUACAACUUCGCAAGCACUUGCGCGUAUUUCGUGAAGCUGUACUCCCUGGUACUUAUUUGGUUGACAUGAUGCCGUGGCUGAAAUACCUUCCUUGGUAUGGCCGAGAAUUGAGACAGGGGUUUGAGGGGAACCGACAGCUGUACAUCUAUCAGCUGAACCGCGUGAAACAGCAAAUGCAGAGCAAUGCGGACGUCGGUCCUUCAUUCGUCAAAUAUGUGCUAGAAAGUGCCGAAGCCCAUGGUAUGACAGAGGUGGAGAUGGCUUUUCUUGCUGGCGGCUUCUUUGCAGCUGGAACUGAUACGACUACUUUGGCAAUAUGCACGGUACUCAUGGCAGCCGCAUGUUUUCCCGAGGAGCAAGCUAAAGUACAGGCCGAGCUUGAUGCCGUCGUAGGAAGCCACCGAGCACCGACCUUCGCUGACGAGCAGUCCCUUCCUCGACUGCAAGCCUUCAUCUCUGAGGCUUUGAGAUGGAGACCGUUGGUUGCCAACGGAUUGCCUCACCGAACGACUAAGGAGGUGAUUUGGGGAAACUAUUGUAUUCCAGCUGGAACUACGGUGAUUGGCCAUCAUUGGUCGAUCUCUCGAGACCCAGACGUCUUCCCUGAGCCUGAUGUGUUCAAGCCUGAGCGCUGGAUCAAUGACCAAGGUCACAUUAGGGACGAUCUCAAAUUUUUCGUCUUCGGAUUUGGUCGGCGGGUAUGCCCCGGUCAACACGUUGCGACCAGAUCGGUUUUCAUAACCUCGCUCCUUAAUCUAUGGGCCUUCAAGGUGAAUCUGAAUCCUAUGAAGCCACUGGAUGAUAUGGCGUUCAUGAGGGCCCGAGAUGCCCAGCCUGGCACUAUUCAAUUUAAGACGAGGAUUCCAGAGACAGAGAUCAGGCGCAUGAUGCAGCAUUAUCCUGAGGGGGAGCCUUGAAGCGGAUCUACUAUUUCUGUAGGUCUCGCAGUAUCAUUACACGAGUUUGAGUUGUGU